AAGAACGCCGCGCCGUCCGCGGUCCGCACCCCAGAAUGGCUUCAGGAGACCUUUACGAGUGCCUCCCUUUUUCUUUGUGACCCUCAGGUGGAGCGGAUUGUGGACAAGAGGCGAAACAAGAAGGGGAAGUGGGAGUACCUGAUUAGGUGGAAAGGUUAUGGAAGCAAAGAAGACACUUGGGAACCAGAGCACCACUUGCUGCAUUGCGAGGAAUUCAUUGACCAGUUCAACAGCUUGAGGCGACACUCACACAAGCGUCCCAAAGUCCCAAAGAUUUGUAGUGGUCCCCUUAUCACCAGCCAUCACUCUGCAACAGAAAACUUCCGAGCUCGGUCUGAGGCUCGUAAGAAGAAAAGGACUUUUGGUCCAGCUGUUGGGAUGAGAGAAGGAACUGUUCUGGGGAUUGCGGGUGGAGCCUCAGAGCCCUCUCAGAAGCAGAGGAAAGUGGGUGUUGGAGCUGGGAAACAUGCUUUAGGUGUCCGAAUGAGCAAAGCCAUGACAUACAAGACUCCACCACCUGGUGGAUCUCAUUUUGUUUCUCCUCUGAGGGUUCCUCAUAAUGGACUCCCAAAUGGAGAGAUGGGCCCUUUCAUGUACAGGACAGCAGCUAAGUCCCAUAGACUGCCUUCAGACAGGGAAGAGGAUUUAGGACACAAGGACAUCACUGGACCACAGUUCACUACUGAGCUAGGCUCCACUCUGGCCAACGGAAAGAUGCAUCUGCACAGCUCAGUUAAGCGGAAGCUGGGUGAGGAGAAAGGCUACGUCUUUGACAAGCGGCUCAGGUACAACGUGCGACAGAACGAGAGCAACUGCCGAUUCCGAGACAUCGUCGUCAGGAAGGAGGAGGGCUUCACUCACGUCCUGCUCUCCAGCCAAACGACGGACAGCAACGCUCUCACGCCAGAGAUCAUGAAGGAAGUGUGCCGGGCUUUGGGUAAUGCUGCUGCUGACGACAGCAAGCUCUUACUGCUCAGCUCGGUGGGCACUAUUUUCUGCAGUGGCCUGGAGCCGUCGUACCUGAUAGGGCGUCUGUCCACCGACCGGCGAAAAGAAAGCACCCGCAUCGCAGAUGCUGUGCGGGACUUUGUGUUGGCAUUCAUCCACUUUAAGAAGCCCAUCGUGGCAGCAAUAAACGGGCCUGCCAUGGGCUUGGGGGCGUCCAUCCUGCCGCUGUGUGAUGUGGUGUGGGCCAGUGAGAGGGCCUGGUUCCAAACGCCAUGCGCAGCCCUUCACCUCACCCCCUCCGGAUGCUCCUCGUACACCUUCCCUCAGAUCCUCGGAGUAGCUCUGGCUAAUGAGAUGCUGUUCUGUGGGAGAAAGCUCACAGCGCAAGAAGCCUGCAGUCGAGGAUUGGUGUCACAGGUCUUCUGGCCAACCACUUUCAACCAAGAGGUGAUGCUGCGUGUGAAGGAAAUGGCAUCGUGCAAUGCAGUGGUUUUAGAGGAGUCCAAAUGCUUGAUGAGGAGCAUCCUCCUGCCAGUCCUUGAAGAAGUGAAUGAGAAAGAGUGUCAGAUGUUGAAGCAGCUGUGGUGUUCAACCAAAGGGCUGGAGGCCCUCUUCAGCUACCUGCAGAAUAAGACCCAUGAAAAGUAACCGCCCGCGCCCACGAAUAUGAAGGCGAUCGGUAUUUGACUGACGCCGCCAUUUAUUUAUUCCAAUUCUGUAAAAAUUGUUUUUCUGUACAUAAUAUACAUUUGCAGAAUUUUCUUUUAGUUGCUCGAUGUCUUGAAUUGAGUGUAAACCAAAGUUUUGCUUGCUGCUGGCUCGUGCACAUUCCCUCCCCACCCGUUAGCGUGAAGGAAACCUCCCUGACAUGUUGGCUAAUCAGAUUCAGAGACUUUUGGGUUGCUCUCAGCAACCAGGGACAUGAUCUGUAUAAUUAAAACAAAACAGACACAUUGUUUCAGCUCGCCGUUCAUUCCUCUUCCUGCACAGGUCUUUAUGACACAGAAGAGAAUUUUCUUGUGACUGGUAAAUUCAAUCAAGAUUAAAACCCUCUGAGGGUUUUACUGAAAGAGAGGCAGUGCAGCGCCCAAAUGUCAACGUUCUUCUGUCUUUCCUUGUCUUCACCUGCUGAAAAAACAGGCGGAAGUUCAGAUUGGCUUCAGUUUAUGUUAAUGAAAUUGAACAGUUAAGAUAUUUUCGUUUGGCGAGGCAGACUUUGGAUUUAAAUUCCACAAGAACUGUUUGAAGAUGAGGAAAUGAGUGGACAUGGUGAACUUUAAAAGCCUUGCCUGUGUGGGCUUUAUGAAUACAUAAUUAGAUAAACCAUCAGAGAAUAUUGCAUAGGAAGCAUAGCAGCCUGACACACUGUGCUGUGAUGGUCCAGAUGUGUAACAAGGCUUCCUUUUAGCAGUGCAGAUGGCCAUUUGGUGAUAUGUGUGGAUGGUAUUUGAAAAAAUGUAAGCCUGGUGAUCUUGUUGCUGAUUCAUUACACCUUUUCAGGGGCUCACAGGAGAGAAAAAAAAGAAAAAUAUGAUGGUAGCCUAAUUAUCAACUGUCUGUGAAGAACAUUGUGGAAAUGUAACAUCUGCACCGCUAUAGUCGACCUCCUCUUUGUCUGCAUGUCAACAAUUCAAGAUUUCAAGAUCAGGUAUAUUUUGCUAUGUGUAUUAUAUUUAGGGAUCUAUUUUUGUUUAAAAUAUAAAUGUUUGUAGGUCUGUGUAAAAAAACAAACAAAAACAGAACAAAACAACAAAAAAAAGGAUUUUGUAAGGCUUGUCUGUUUCACCGUGAACAAUUCUUUAUAUAAAUAUAUGUGUGUAUAGUGUAGACUGCUUUCUGUAACUAAUUGCAUGUAAUAUACUGUAAAAAUGUGUUGCCUGUCUGAAUACCUUGUAUUUCAGUCUGGGUUUUGUACCAGCAUUGUAAGUUUUGUCAGAAAUGUUGCUGUUUAUUUUUGUAUUUAUUUGAGAAAACCGUUUGAAUGUGCGGUACCACAUAGCUUCCUUCGCUCCAGAGGCACCACAACACUUUACAUCAGGCUUUCUGAACCCCACAAAUCUCUCAUGGGUAAAAAUGAGUUAGAGAAACAAUAUUCUAAUAACUUUUGUAUGGCAAAUACUUGCCCUUUUAAUUUCAUUGUAAAUCAUCCAGAGACAUGUCAAGUGAUUUUGUGUAUAUUUUGUUUUGAAGAGCUUUACAGGGAUGAACAGGUUGCUUUAUUGGAAAUAUAACAGAAAGUUACUGUAUUGUCAUCAGUAUAACCUGUGGUUACGGAUAAAUUACAAAGACUUAUGGUUUAAUUUUUAGAUUAUUUUCAGACGUGAACUAAAUUAUGAAAACUUCACUAUAGAAGUUGUCAGGUUAAAAAACAUUUGUUGACAAAAAGCAGUCACCGUGGACUUUUCCUCUGUGUUUUUCAGUCUGUGUUGCUCCUGUGACUGUUAAUAUCCUCCGUUCCUGCUUUACUAGAGAGCCCAGAGAUGAAGUGAGACAGAUGUUUAUGAUGUGACUACUGUACAGCAUCAAUGAAUGCAAAUCACUCAGGUCUGCUGAGAGUGAGUCACACUGAUACUCCAAGACAGGGUGUUUUAUAUAUUUAUUCAUUUAUUUAUUUUUGUUGUAUCAAAUAUAUCGCCUCUGAUUGCAAAAAAACAUUUAUUUUUAACCGUUUUACUUUUGGAAUCUAACAUCCCAUCUCCCAAUGUAUCCAAAGUGAUUGAUUAAAACAACUUCAUGUGGAUCAAAUACAACUUUUUCCCAAAUCUAUUCAUGGUUGUAUCAUUAUUUAUGAAAAAGGCCAAAACUAGAUGUUUCUGUCAUUUUUAUGAUGCUAUAACAUUCUCUAAGGUCACAUUUGGGGCUGCUUAAAU